UGGCACCUUUUGGGGGGGAGGGGGGAGCAGGUGCUUGGUUUGGACAGGUACCCGCUCCCACUUCCGGCUCAGUUCGCCGCGGCGAUUGGAAGCAGAAGGUGUCCUCCCUCCUUCCCUCCCUGUAGUCUUUUGGAACACAUGACAGGUCCCAGAAGACUACAAGACCAUUCAUGAAGCGCAGCGCUACUCGCGCAUGCGCAGUGGGCACCCAGCUGUGAAGCCGCAAGCUGUCACAGCCGGGUGCCAACACUGAAGAUGCCGGCCUCCUGGAAUACAGGACGGCCGGUGAAACGAGCUGCGGGGGACACACCACGGGACCGAGGGACA